AUGGCGGCGCCGCCACCGAUGCGGCAAUCAUGUGACCGAUGCCACGGGCAGAAGCUGCGAUGCGAGCGCUCUGGGAACAGCGACACAGGGGCUUGCAACAGGUGCAUCCGCCAAGGUUCGCAGUGCGUGUAUAGCACGAGCCUGCCCAAGGGACGACCAAGUCUGUUUGGCGGCGACCAGUCGUCGGCGCCAGACGCCAGUACAAAUCCGUCCGCGAAGCGACGCGCACAAACACCAGUCGCACCCGACUUGCGUCGGCGGCCAGCCUCAGGCCAGCGCGCCAAUUCCUUGUCGGCUGGUGCAAGUACCGGCACUACCGCCGGCCCUCCCAGGGGGGGCGCAUCUCCCCAUGCCCAUGCUUCAAUCCAGGCAAAUACCCAGACGCGGGCCCAGCCAGGCGCAAGGGCAAAUACGGGUUCGAGUGCGGGCGGCAACCCAGCUCCCAUCACGGGGAUAUCGGCCUGCACCUCGGAGCAGAUGCUGCCGUGCUCCGCGACGGAUUGGCCAUGGCCCGGCCUGUUGAACUGGGCCGAUCUGCAGUUGGACAGUGGCGGCCAGCCUCUGAAUGACCUGGGAGAUUGGUCGGCUAUUGGACUGCACUCGCCCGUCUCCCAGGUCCACGUCAAUGACACAGCACUAGACUAUUUUCCCGCCCAGCAUGCACAACCCCCUGACUGGACUGCAGCAACGACGACAAAAGACGGAGAGCUCACUCUCCAGACGGGGGGCGGGGGACCGCCACCACCCAGCCGCAUUGCCCUGGACCCUCGUCUCGGCUUGACCUGCCAUGUCUUUGAGAGCCCAAGUUCAGGAUGUAGCCAAAGCGGCACCAACAGCAGCAGCAACCACAGGAGUCGCAACAGCACCAGCAACCGCAGGAGUCGCAACAGCGCCGCCAUUUCAGCCGACGAGAGUGACCUUAGCCCCGGCAUAGCGCAGCUGACGCAACUGAGUACGCGUCUUUACCUCCUACACCGCUCUAGUCAAGUCCUGGCCGAUACCACUGCGCCGCUAGAGCAUCCUUCUUCAUCACACAGGACCGACGCCGAACUUGGCCGGGCACAACAUCAGCAAGACCCGGUUGUUGAUAUGGCCGCGUUCCGGUUGAUUCUCACCCGACUCCUGUCUCACGGCUUCGGCAGCGACACAAGCCUGUGUGGUCGGAACCCAGAUACUCGCGAGAUCCCGACAAUAAGCGACACGCUCCAAGACACAUUCUCCGCCUCGCACCAGCUCAUUGAGAUCCUCCACUGUCUGCAGGAGAGGUCUAGACCCCGUUCGAGCAUGUCCAGAUACCCCCCCUUGACGCCACUCUUGACACCGGCCGGCCCAGGCAACAGCUUCAAUCAGCCGCGCUCGGGGCACUCGGCGGGAUCUGCCGGUCUCUCUGCAGAAAAGUCGCCGGUUGAGCAGGCCAUGCCUUCGUCUUCAUCAUCCAGAACAGGCCAUUAUUCCAACACAGUCGCCCGCCACCUGGUCAUGGCGUGCCACGGAAUGCUCCUGUCCAUCUACGUCGCACUGCUGGGUGUGCUGCAGCAAGACGCAGAGCUGAUAUCGAGCGACGGCUACCUCCACGGCCACGGGGACGGCUACCUCCACGGCCAUGGGGACGGCUUGGAAGCCGCCACGCAGGCCAACACGCCACAGCCCACAGUGCCGGCGGCCGGCGCGCUGACUGACAUGCGGCUGGUUAUGAUUGUUCAGCUCUGUUGCUAUCUUAUUAAGCGUCAGCAGCAGGCAGUUGACUCUUACCUGGGACCGCGAGAACCGUCAGCGGCGGGUUCUGACCCGGCGACCUUGUCCGCGCCUGACCUGCCGCCCAGCGACCUCGAGGGGGAGCUGCAGCAGCGGCUGGCACAGCUUCGUCAGACCCUACGCAUAUAA